CACAAUGCAUGUAGGUGACAGUUCAGAAUACACACAUUGCACGACAAUGCAUGUGUUUUCAGGAACCUUCGACCGGGAAAUAAGACAGCACUAAGCUGCAGAGAAAGUGUAUAAAUAAUGCAUAACCGAAUAGUACAUCAUUACCGAGUUUGACUUCACAACGAGAACAUUGACAGCUAGGUGACAGUUAAUAAUGGACUGACUGACUGUCAUUCCCUUAGCUUCAAUCUCAUUUGAUAACCUUCGAUCAGGAAAAAGAGUUCUGCGACAACAUAGUUUACAGUUUGCUCCCAAGGAGAACGGAUUCUUGUCGCGGCAGUUUUCAGUAAGGGUCUACAAUUAAAACCAGUUACAGCUGAGGCAAUUAGUUUAACCAACGAUCGAACUUCACGAUGGAUAUCCUGAGAGGCAUUGAACAGUCGUCGGUUACCACGAAGCUACUCAUUGCAGUGGUUGUCUUGUAUUUAGUAUACGAUUGGUGGUGUCAUCAGUAUUUCCAGCGUCGUGGCAUACGUGUCGGGUCCUACCUACCAAUAAUAGGCAGCCUACAUCAGAUACGAAAAGGGUUCGGAUACAGGUUCCCUCAGUAUCGUGAAAAGUACGGAAGAGUAUUUGGGUGGUAUAUGUUUCGGAAGCCAAUGCUUGCUGUGACGGAUGUUGACAUCAUCAAGCAGAUUCUUGUGAAGGACUUCUCCAGCUUCGUUAACCGUAGGGAAGAAGGUCCACACGCCGGAAUUAUGGGCAAGGGUUUGCUAUCGCUGCAAGAUGAAGAGUGGAAGGAAGUGAGGACAGUCGUCACACCGGCAUUUAGCGCCGUCAAAAUGAGAACGAUGUCCUUUAUGAUCAAUGAAUGUUGUGACACCAUGCUGAAUAAUAUCGACAUGGCAGUGAAGGAAGGAAGUAACAUCAACUGCAAAGAUUUAUACGGAGGUUUCACGAUGGACACGGUAGCAUGGUGUGGUUUCGGGCUGAAAAUAGACACACAGGUCACCAAAGAUCAUGAGUUUGUUAUCAACGCCAAGAAAGCAUUCAAAGCAAAUGAAUCAAUCGUAAAUGCUAUUAUUGCAAACUGGUUCCCAGCGCUUAGACCAGUAUUGAAUUACUUCGAUGCUGGAUCAAUUCCUAAAGAAGUUGUAAGGUUCUUUGAAACAGUGACGAGUGAAUCAUGCAAACUUCGUCAAGAGCAGGGAGGCGACGUGGACAACUCAAAGAACAUUGACAUGUUACAAUUGUUGCUAAAUGCACACAACGAAGCUCCAGACCCAACAGAUGACGUCGCUGGAAACGGAUUUCACAAACACAAGAGGGCGCUAACAAACGUCGAAGUCACAGCCCAGUCCAUCAUUUUCUUCUUAGCAGGGUACGAGACAACGAGUUCCUUGCUCGGCUUUGCCUCGUACCUUCUCGCCCUCAACCCAGACGUACAAGAUACACUCUACGCUGAGAUCCAAGAUAAAGCCCCAAGCCGUGACGUCAUAGGCUAUGACGUAGUCAACAAGAUGACGUACCUCGAUAUGGUAAUAUGUGAGUCCCUGCGAGUCUAUCCACCCGCAUCAUUAUUCGCACGCAUCUGUAACAAGACGUUUUCUUACAAUGGCCUGACCAUAGAGAAGGGAGUGACUGUGUUGAUGAACGUUUGGGGUAUCCAUCGCGACGAGGAGUAUUGGCCGGAGCCGGACAAGUUUGAUCCGGAGAGAUUCAGUCCAGAGAGAAAACCGUUAAUCCAGGCUUGCACCUACGUGCCGUUCGGCUUUGGACCGCGUAACUGCAUCGGUAUGCGAUUUGCCUUGUUGGAAGCCAAGAUGGCACUGGUGCGUGUACUGCAGAAGUACCGCUUAGAUGUGUGUCCGGAAACAAAGAUUCCACUGAAUCUUAACCCGACUCCAUUCUCAGCUCCUAAAGACGGCAUCAAACUUCGAGCUAUCGCUAGGAAAUAAGUAGACCGAGCACCUCCAGCUAUAAGUUUCAACAAUAGUAGACCGCCCUCUCUUGUUGGCUUUGCAACAAUAGUUGCGGUGUUUAUUAAAUCAAGUGAACAAACAAUGAAUGGUUCACAUACGUAUCGUGCAGCAGUUCCAGGUUGCUAUAACUGCUACUGUUGAGUAAAAUAUAUCCGUUGUAGUGUAAUGAUCUAAAUUUGUAUGCGCGAAGGUUAAGGUCUCGAAUUCAAAUUCAAAUAUUUUAAAACUACGUUACUUCAGAGAGAGAGCCGUUUCUCAUAAUACUUUG